AUGACUGAAAGUCAGGCCAACUUUAAAUCUAGCUUGAACAUUGAGUUUAAAAAAAUCUCAGUGGGUGUGAAGGGUAUUGCUUCCAAGUCCAUUGCCACUCAUAGACGUUCUCGUACACUUGCUACAAUGGCAACACUAAACUCUUUUGAAUAUGAUUUGGCAAUCUCCACUCUACUGAAACAAGAUAUCAAAGUGCUGGAGUCCAUUCAAGAUAAGUGGCUUUGCAUGAUUGUUGGGGGGCAUGCCACAUCCUCUACAAUUGUGUUGAAGCACAUCUGCAAUCUACCAAGUAUGAAGUUUUGUACAGAUGUUCUCAUAGCCAAAUUUUGUAUCAGAUCACGCUUUCUGCCUGCCCAGUGCCUUCUGUCCCUUUUACACCAUCAUCAUACCAUCUAUUCUACACUUGUCUCCUUGGGAAAAACCAACCUUCUGUCACAUCUCCCUCCAACACUCAAACUCCAAAGCCCUAGUGCAAUAAAAAACCAUUUUGAAAGCAUUAUAGAAGCUGGAUUUACAACCUUUCUCCAGUCCAAUACACAAGUUCUCAUUCAAGCAUGCCACCCAGUUCUUGGAGUUGAUCCAAUCUUGUUUUUGCUAGCCUCACAUGUGAAACGUGGCCGUUUGAUUCGUUGGAGAAUGGGGUGGUUAUUAGGCAAACCAAAGGAAUGUCCUUGUGGAUCAGAUCACACCUCACGCCCCCAUUUGUUGGAUUGCCCACUUGUUUGUGUGGCACUAUUUGAACAGUUGCCUCAACCUGACCAAGAUCAGAUACACAGAAUUGAUUUUGCCAUCACAUCCUUGCCUUUGUCAUCUCAAGAACCACGACCUGCUUACUGGAUACCACUGCUGACUAUUCUCUGGGACAUAUAUAUUAUAUGUAAUCCUGAUGGUGACUAUUCACAUGAGACUGAACAUGCUGAAAAGUGGAGAGCAGGUUCAGCCAUUGAAGCUACUACUGUUACACAAGACAUAACAAAAAAGUGGGUGCAUCCAUACAAAAGCUUCAUCAAUCCAUUCUACAUCUUGUUCAAAACGAUACAUCCAUUGUCAAAAACAUUGCAUCCAUUACCACUGUUGCCUUAUCUAUCAGCAGAAAAAAUUUCAGCCGAUUCUGACAACUUUUCAUUUUUGCAAUCUCAAAUGUCAACAUUGCUGCCAUCCUCUGUCAUGCAGGGAAUGUCACCCGAUCUCGCCUCAUUUCUGGGGAACAUGCAGACCCAAUUCAUAUCACUACAACAAUGUACUAAUGAACUUGAAUCUCCUGCUGCAACUAAUGCUAGAUUAACUGCUCAAUUAGUUAAUGCGGAAAAGCUAAUUACUGAUCUCAGAUCUCAAUUAGCAUCUCAGGGCAAUUACCAAAUUACAACAAAUGCAUCAACAUCAUCUGCACCAACCACACCCAAGGAGCCUGGCACUGAGGCUUCUACAUGGGCUACAACUGCUGCUGCUGCUCACAACUCUGUUGUUGUUCCUACUGCUCUUUCUGUUCGCAAGACUCCAAGACCUCCUUCUGUUUGCCAGGUUACUGCUUCUGCUAGAAUAUUUGUCAUUCCCACUGGUUCCAAAGGAUAUCAAUAUGUGUAUAUCCCACGUUCACGUUGUCUCACACAUAGAGAAGUGUGUAACUCUUUGAAAACACUUGGUGUUGAUACUGGCUGCAUCUUGGAUAUCAAUUUUCCUGCCAAGGAUGUAGUUGGCAUCCUAGUUCACAACCAGUAUGCUGAGAAAUUCCAGACCACUCUGACCACAGUUGCCAUUGAGAUCUUAGACGUGUUUGACCCUUUGGAUCCCAAAAACAUUGCAGAUCACAAAUAUAAGUCUCUUUCUGAUUCAGAGCUAGAAGAAGUUGCUGCUGAACUUCAUUCUGAUCGUUGUCUGAAGGCUCUCAAGUACCUUUGUCCUCAUGUUGCUGUUUCUGUUGGUCAUUUCUUUUGUGAUCAAGGCUGGAUCUCUAAGGAAGAUAUUCCUGUUCAUUCUGUUUCUGGUCCUGGUGCUGAUAUUCAUGAUUUCCAAUCACCAUCUCGUUGUACCUCUGUUGCAAUGUCUGAAUGA